AUGAGCAAGAUGAAGGAAGAUGCUACCCUGAAGGAGAUUGAAAAUAUGGAGCAGUCCAUAGAAACAUACGCGACCAUCAUGGCGACGCACAAACCGAAUCCGCGAGGUCCAGGCUAUAUUAAGCUUUAUAUCCUAUCGGCAGUGGUGUUCCUGUGUUCAACUAUGAAUGGAUUUGACAGUUCCUUGAUGGGAUCUAUUAACGCGCUUCCGAACUACAUUGGAUACUUUGGCUUGCCUGAGAAUGGCAACGCUAGUACUGGCAUCGUCUUUGCUAUUUUCCAGGUUGGUCAAAUGUGCGGCGCACUCUUCAUCUGGAUGGCCGACUGGUACGGACGAACAUGGCACAUCUUCUUUGGUUGCCUGGGUGUCUGCAUCGGCACCAUUGUAACAGCUUUUGCAUCAAAUCUCCCAACUUUCAUCGCUGGAAGAUUUAUUCUCUCCUUCUUUGCAACAUGCGCACAUACUGCUGCUCCCCUUUAUCUGGUCGAGCUUGCUCCACCAGCGUAUCGGGGAACCAUUGCAGGAAUGUAUAACACUUUUUAUAAUGUGGGCUCUGUGUUUUCAACAUCGGCUGUGUACGCGUGCCAUAAAUACCUUGCCAAUCAGGGUGAUUUGGAUUGGCGGAUCCCCCUUUGGCUUCAGAUAGUGUGCCCAGGGCUUGUGUGUCUAGCUAUCAAAUUUUACCCCGAGUCCCCACGAUGGCUCAUUUCCCAGGAUCGACACGACGAGGCGAAGGCUAUUAUUGCUACCUAUCACACAAAUGGUGAUGCAGACCAUCCGCUCGUUGCACUACAGAUGAGAGAAAUCCUCGCAACUGUCGAUGUCGACCAUCAGGCUAGCUGGAAAGACCUGCUCGAUCUCCGGGUGCUUGUUGAGUCCCGUUCUAGCCGUUAUAGACUCAUGCUCAACGUCGCUUUCUCUUGGUUCGGCCAAUUCAGUGGAAACAACAUCGUAUCCUAUUACCUGCCCAUCAUGCUCAGUGGCAUUGGCAUCACAGACACCAACAUGAAAUUGAUUCUCAAUAUCGUGUAUGCGGUCGUUGGAUGGGUGGCUUCCAUCUGCGGUUCACGUUUACAUGAUGUUGUAGGACGCCGCAAGGUCCUCAUUACUAGCACUGCUGGUAUGGCAAUUUGUCUGUCAAUCGUAGCAGCCUGCUCCGCCGGCUACACCGAGUACGGCAACACGACCGCAUCCACCGUUAGCAUUGUCUUCAUCUUCCUUUUUGGUGCAAUUUUUGCUUGCGGUUAUACCCCAAUGCAACCUAUCUAUCCCGCUGAAGUUGUGAGUAACAAAAUGCGAGCCAAGGCUAUGGGUACCUUCAAGUUGACAGCCGGAGCUGCUGGGUUUCUCAAUACCUUUGUCGGUCCCAUUGCGCUAUCAAGUAUUGGGUACUGGUUCUAUGUGUUCUUUGCAUUUUGGGAUACUUUUGAGAUGACCUUUAUGUACUUCUUCUUUGUCGAGACUAAGGGAUUCACACUCGAGGAGCUGGAUGCCAUAUUUGAGGCAAAGAACCCACGAAAGGCCAGUGUUGAAGCUGCGAAGGCUAGAAAGCGAAUUAUUGUGGCAAGAAGGAGUGAAGUAUGA